AUGGCCUCGGCAGGGCUCUACCGAGCCUAUGCGGCCCUGCUCGUCGGCGCACUCGUGCCCAUCGUCGCCGGCUCUCGUUCGAGUCUCGUCAUGCCCAAAAGUGCCAAGCGCAAGCUUCGAGCGGCAACAAGGCGCGAGGGGGAGAACGAGGCCGACAGAGAGGACGACGACGACGACGAGGUGGUCGAGCGAAUGACGCGAGAAGACGCCUACUUCUUCCCCAUCCUCGGCUCCUGCGUCCUCCUCUUCCUCUUCUUGUGCUUCAAGUACCUCGACCCGGUGUGGAUCAACCGCAUCCUCGGCGGCUACCUCGCCACGAUGGCCGUCGGCGGGCUCUCGAGGACGUUGGCCCAGAUUGCGCGUGCGACGAUGGGCGAGCAGAGGUACCGCUCGCUGGCUCAGGCGCAAUACAGCAAGCUGUCGUUCCGGUCCAUCUACUUCUACACGGUGCCCGUCGCCGUCGUACUGUCGCUCGCCCAGAUCUUCACCGGCAACUGGGUCCUCUCGAACGUCGUCGCCCUCGCCUUCGCGUACAACGCCAUCUCGCUCUUGUACCUCGACUCGUUCGUCACCGGGUCCAUCCUCCUCGGCGGCCUCUUCUUCUACGACGUCUGGUGGGUAUUCGGCUCGAAAGCCGUGUUCGGACCGGGCGCGAACGUCAUGGUCGACGUUGCCAAGUCGUUCGACGCGCCGAUCAAGAUCGUGUUUCCCAAGAGCCUGGCGCCAGCGAGGGACUUUACUCUGCUCGGGCUCGGCGACAUCGUCCUUCCUGGCGUCUUCCUCGCGCUCGCCUUGCGGUUCGACUACCACCUCGCGCUCGAGCGCGCCGCGGUCCCGUUCAAGCCGCACGCCGGGCGCUUCGCCAAGCCCUACUUCAACACCUGCUUUCUCGCCUACAUCCUCGGCCUCGCAACGACGAUCCUCGCCAUGCACACCUUCCGAGCCGCGCAGCCGGCCUUGCUCUACCUUUCGCCGGCUUGUGUCGCCAGCGUCGCAGUGUGUGCGCUCGUGCGGGGCGAGAGCGCCAAGCUGUGGGCGUACGUCGACGGCGACGAAGGUGAGGCGCAGGGCGACGAGAAGAAGCAGGAGUGA